GCUCUGCAACUCUUCAUCCAGAUUGCGACCACCACCAAACUGGUGUGUUACUUCACCAGCUGGUCCAAAUAUCGGACCGGGGUCGGGAAGUUCCUGCCCGACAACGUGGACCCCUUCCUGUGCACCCACCUGGUCUACGCCUUCGCCAUCAUCAACCACGCCAACCAGAUCGCCAAGUACGAGUGGAACGAGAAGAGCUUCUACCGAUCCUUCAACAGCCUCAAACUGAGAAACCCCAAACUGAAGACGCUGCUGUCGGUGCGAGAGCAGAGCGACGCCGGCCAGCCGUUCUCCGUCAUGUUGUCGACUUCUGCCCGUCGUCACACAUUCAUCCAGUCGACCAUUAAGUUCCUGUGGGCUCACGGCUUCGACGGUCUGGAUCUGGACUACCCUGGACCUGGUGGACCCGCCCCCCCAGAGGACAGGCAGAGGUUCACUCUGCUCUGUAAGGAGCUUCUGGAGGCCUAUGAAGCUGAGAGUGGAGGCAGCAGAAACAGCAGACUCAUUCUUUCUGCCGCUGUGUCGGCGCAGACCGAUGUCAUCGACGCAUCAUAUGAAGUCGCAGAGAUUUCAAAGUACUUGGACUUCAUCAGCGUUAAAACAUUUGACCUCCAUGACGGCCAAGAGCAAGUGACCGCCCACCACAGCCCACUGCACAGCGACAACAACGCCAGCGUGGACCUGGCGAUGCAGCAGUGGAUGGAUGGAGGAGCUCCGUCAGGGAAGCUGCUGGUGGGUUUGCCCCUCUACGCCCGCUCCUUCACCUUGUCCAGCUCCACUGCCGUCGGUCUGGGGGCCCCCAUCGAGGGGCCGGCCACCCCGGGGCCCUACACCCAGCAGGUCGGCCUCUGGUCCUACUACGAGACGUGUUCCUUCCUCAAAGGGACAUCCGUCCAGUGGGUGGACAGUCAGAGCGUCCCCUACGCCGUCAAAGGAAACCUGUGGGUGGGCUUCGACAACCAGAGGAGCUGCCAGGCCAAGGUGGAAUACCUGAGGAGCAGGAGGUUCAGUGGUGCCGCCGUGUGGACGCUGGACAUGGACGACUUCUCCGGACAGUUCUGUGGACAGGGGACAUACCCCCUGGUAUCACAGCUGAAAACACUGCUGAGUCAAGACUGGAAUAAUGAGGAAACCAGUUCGGCAGCAUCGGUGUCACCCAGAACCACCUCAGAACCCACAGAACCCCCAGAGACCCGGUCCACAGGGUUCUUGGGCUCCACAGUGGACCCGGAACUCAGCUGCCUCCAGAACAUCACCGUGGUUUACCCCCACAGCGCCCUCUGCAGGGGCCGGCCCAACGGGCGGUACCGGGCCUCGCACGACCAGGCGGUGGUCUACGGGUGCACGGACGGGAGGGCCUACGUCACACGGUGCCACAAGGUCCAGAGCGGGGGGGUCUUCAUCACGCCGUCGCUAUGGUUACUGCUCACCUGCCUCAUUGUCCUCAUCUGGGAUGUGGGCGGAGUCUGAGGUGAUGGCGCUGUGGACAGACUAUGGUUUCAGACAAACCGACAGAGACGAGGACAGCGGGUCAGAGGACUCAUCAGAACCUGAAAAUGUCCAGGUCCAGAUUCACUUCUGUAACAUCUACCAACAACGAGUUCAGUCUUUGUCCAACGUCUGAUUCUUUAUAACCACAGCAGAUUUAUUUUCAUGACAUACAGUUCAGUGUAAAUGUUAUUCAGUGUCUGGACAUAUUUACUGUGUCAAACUCCAUGUCAGCAAUAAAACAUCUGAAAGGUUCAGUGUGUGACAUUUACUGACA